UGGAUUUGCUUACAACUUCACGGGAAGUCUUUGCUUUGUGCUUCUGCCUCUGGUUUCGUGCCUCCUUGGAUAUUGCGCCACGCUGCACACCGUUUGCCAACUGGCAUGUGAGGGAUCGCGUGCAGUUUACAGUGCGCUGGCACGAACACGUUUAUCUUCAGCCUUUUCAGUGGCAGGAACCCGGCCGAGCCGAUGAGUGCGCCCCACAUGUUCCUCUCAAACGUAUACAACAUGUUGUUCAUCACAUUUGCCAGAUGAUACCUGUUGAUUUUUCCUCGCGCCAUGUCCUCCUGUCAGACUGAGCUGGACAAUGAAGUUAUGGGAUAGCCUGAUCACUUGUUUGAUACUGCUGAGCGCCGUGCACGCCAGCCGUCUGCUCCGGAGCCGACCACAGUCCUCUUCCACCGAGAGGAGAGGGCGCGCCGCCGACAGUCCCCUGGAGCUCCCGCCGAUUCAGGGCCGCCUGUCUCUCGCUUCCCCGGGAAUGAGCCUUGCUGAGGCGGGUACAGCGGACUGGGAAAGUACGCUGGCUGAAGGAGAAACAAACACCAUGGAGGAGUACCCUACAAAUGAGUUUAAGGACAUGGUGGAUUUAAUCAAAGGGACCAUCAGUAAAAUACGUCGUUCCUCCUCAUCCACUGUGUCCUCAUCUACCUCCUCCCCUACCUCUUCCCCCUCCGAAGAAGACCUGAGCAGCAGGACUCGACUCAGGAGGGAAAGGAAGAAGGGGACAAGCCAGCAGAGUGGAGGAAGAAGAGGAAGAGCUAGAGGAGGGGAGACAGGAGGGAAGGUAAAGGGAGGUAACAGACGAGGACAGGGCUGUGUGCUCAAACAGAUCCACCUCAAUGUGACAGACCUUGGGCUGGGUUACAGCUCCAGCGAGGAAAUGAUAUUCAGGUACUGCUCCGGACCCUGCAGGAAGUCUGAGACAAACUAUGACAAAAUCCUUUAUAACCUCGCUCACAACAGGAGGCUUCCUCCUAAGGACACGCCCCCACAGACCUGCUGUCGGCCAAUAUCGUUUGAUGAUGACCUCUCGUUUUUGGACGACAACCUGGUGUACCACAUCGUGAGGAAGCACUCUGCCAGGAAGUGUGGCUGUGUGUAGGGAGCUGGUGUCAGGUGUUGUGUAGUUUAACAUACCCUCCCAUUUUGAAGUUGAUGUUGAGUGUUUUUUCUUCUGUUUUUCCCACUGUAAGGAGACUUCCAGACAUUACUUGUGGUCGAAUCCAGUCCAACAGUAAAGGAAUAAAGAAGGAAAGGAGUUUACAGUUUUAACCUCAAAGCAAGGAUCCGCUUCGUUGCUUAAUCCAAAUAUCCCAAUUUCCUUCACAGUUCACACCUCACAUUGCUAAUAUGUUCAGUGUGAUUUUAAAUGUUUCCAUGGAUACUCUACCUAUACUUUCUGGACUGAAAUCAGUCAGACACAAUGGAUGAUUCAGCAGACUCGUUCUGUCUAUUGUAUAGCACGUAUGUUACAUGGAAAAAGUUAUACACAUAUGAAAUGUAUUUAUGAAAUCUUGAAUUUAUUAACUUAUUGAUAUUUAUUAUGUUUUUAUAAAAGGAAUACAUGUUAUUUAUUACUGUAAUGUGAUAUCUCAGACCGUGCCAAAGGUUUAAAACAAAUAAUUUGAUGAUCUAUUUCCAUAUAAAAGCUGUAUAAAAGACUGGUUUACAGGCCCUGUGGAAUUGUCUUGCAAACAAAGGUCUGUGUUCAUUUAUUGCUUUUCACCAAAGCACAUUGUGUGUCCUUGAAGUCUAACAAAAGAGUUUUCUAAAUAAUUUUCUUCCUCAUAAAACAUUUUCGAAGCCGAAUUUGAAAACAGUCAUUUAAAUUGUGCAUUGUUUACAUCAUGAUCAAGCGCUUGCAGGCUUCUUAUUUGCUGUUGCAUUCAUUGCUACUUUGGUGCAUUGCUCACAUGCUCAAACUAUACAAAGAAGCAGGGACCAUCUCUUAAAAACUCUACAGGACAUCUUCAAAACUGCCCUCACUAUCUCAUCCUAGUGUAUUCACUUGAUGUGUAAGUGAAACAAGAUUUCCUGAUAGAAAUGUACCAACAGCUAUAUUUUUUAUACGAUAUUCACUUUAAAAAUGCCUUAUUUACUUGUUAAUAAAUGUAUUCUACACAGUGUAUUCUGUAUGUGAUUACUAAAGCAGGAUUUUGUGUUUCAGAUCUAUGUCGAUGAGUUUAGCAGACAAGAAGCCA